AUUUCGUAAGGUUGCGAAUGUACACAGCAUUAACGAAUCUCAGCCAAGGCGAUUAACUUCAACCGGCCACAAGAGUGUGCCUGUGAGGAGGCCUCGGAUUUUUUUUUUUUUUUCUCCCUGCCAAACCAGAAUUAGCCGGUAUAGGAAUGAACCAACGUGGAGAUCUGAAAUUGCACGGAUUGGAAGGAAGCUCGGGGUAGGCUCGGAUCUUUCCAAACGCACCCUUUUUAAAGGCUCCGGGUCGGAAGCACCGAGCCGCGGGCUCCAGAAGGUUCACCUGGCCAGACAACGAGUGGAGGGCAGGUCUGGGAGCCCGGCGCUGAGCGCGCGGAGCCAGGCGAAGUGCCGAGUUCCGGACGCUGCAUCUGCAGGAUGCUGGGCGACGUUACUGCUAAUCCCUGCGACCAGCGGCCCUGGGUUCCCCGCGUGGAUCUGCAAGUUCACGGGUCGAGAACCGGAACCGAGUGAGAUCGUAGUCCCUCGGGCUGCGGGCGAUCACUGGGGCCACUUUGAUCACAGCCGAAGGCAGAGCUGUUCGAAGAAGAGGAAGGUGGUUUUUGUUUCCACGUGAGAUGAAAUGCUUUACUGCGUGUGUUUCAGAAAAACCUUAGAAAAAUGUAUGCAAGUCACGAAGAUAUCGGCUAUGACCUUGAAGACGACCCCAAGGCUAAGAAGCCCCUGAAGCCGCACCCGGACGUUGACGGCGGGUGGGCCUGGAUGGUGGUCCUUGCUUCCUUUUUUGUGCACAUCCUCAUCAUGGGCUCCCAGAUGGCCCUCGGAGUCCUCAACGUGGAGUGGCUUGAAGAGUUCCACCAGAGCCGCGGCCUGACUGCCUGGGUCAGCUCGCUGAGCAUGGGCAUCACCUUGAUAGUGGGACCUUUCAUCGGCUUGUUCAUUAACACCUGCGGGUGCCGCCAGACAGCAAUCAUUGGAGGGCUGGUGAACUCCCUCGGCUGGGUGUUGAGCGCUUAUGCAGCCAACGUGCAGUCUCUCUUUAUUACCUUUGGAGUGGCAGCUGGCCUGGGCAGCGGGAUGGUCUACUUGCCCGCAGUGGUCAUGGUGGGAAGGUAUUUUCAGAAGAGACGAGCCCUGGCCCAGGGCCUCAGCACCACAGGGACAGGAUUCGGGACCUUCCUGAUGACCGUGUUGCUGAAAUACCUAUGUGCAGAGUAUGGCUGGCGGAACGCCAUGUUCAUUCAGGGUGCUGUGUCCUUGAACCUGUGUGUCUGUGGAGCGCUCAUGAGGCCUCUCUCUCCUGGAAGGGUAGAAAGCUGCUCAGGACGGGAGGAGCCCAGUGCCCUCCCAACUCACUCCACUGAAUCUGUGAAGUCAGGAGGACCACUGGGCGUGACUGAAGAACAGGAGAGAAGGCUUGGGAAUGAGGAGACGGUCUGUGACCUUCAAACACAGGAGAGUCAAGGUCAAACCCGUCCCAGGAAGAACAUGUGUGCCUUCCGGGUUCUGAAGACAGUGAGCCAACUUACUGUGCGGGUCCAGAGGGGCUUCAGGGAUUGGUACUCGGGCUACUUUGGGACAGCCUCACUCUUUACCAACCGCACGUUUGUAGCCUUUAUUUUCUGGGCUCUGUUCGCAUACAGCAGCUUUGUCAUCCCCUUCAUCCACCUGCCGGAAAUCGUCAGUUUGUAUAACUUGUCGGACCAAAACGAUGUGUUCCCUCUGACCUCGAUCAUAGCAAUACUUCACAUCUUGGGGAAGGUGAUGCUGGGGGCCGUGGCUGACCUCCCCUGUAUCAGCGUCUGGAACGUCUUCCUCAUUGCCAACUUCACCCUCGUCCUCAGCAUCUUCCUGCUGCCGUUGAUGCACACCUAUGCGAGCCUGGCUGUCAUCUGCGCCCUGAUUGGGUUUUCUAGCGGGUAUUUCUCCCUCAUGCCCGUGGUGACGGAAGACCUGGUUGGCACUGAGCACUUGGCCAAUGCCUAUGGCAUCAUCAUCUGUGCCAAUGGCAUCUCAGCCUUACUGGGACCACCAUUUGCAGGGUGGAUCUUCGACAUCACACAAAAAUAUGACUUUUCCUUUUAUGUGUGUGGUUUGCUUUACAUGGUAGGAAUAGUCUUUUUGCUCAUUCAGCCGUGUAUUCAGAGGAUAGAACAGUCCAGAAGGAAGUACAUAGAAGGUGCACAUGCUUAGUGUCAUGGACUUUAUCGUGUGGAUUCCCUCCUCGUGCCUACCUCACCUGGCUGCUAGAGGGAUGCUCUGUGUGGUAACUGGCGGUAUCACUUGUGAAUGCCAUUGUCCUCACUUCGUCUGUCCUCGCAUGGCCUCUCUGCAGAGGCGGCAGAGGUGUUUUAGAGAUGAUGGUGUCUAUAGCUUAUGAAAUAGUUCAUACAGAUGCCCGUAGGAAAACUUUCGAGCCAGGCAUGGUGGCAAACGCCUGUAAUUCCAGCUCUCGGUGGAGGUGGGAAGGUCAGAGGCUCAAGACUAGUCCCUGUUACCUAGUGAGUUCCAGGCCAGCCUGGGCUACAUGAGACCCUAUCAAAAAACAAACAAAGAAGACCCCACCUUCUCUUUUUCUUUCUCCUACUUUCUCUCCCCCCCCCUUCCUCUAUUUCUCUCCCUCCCUGCUCCCUCUUCCUCUCUCCUUCCCUCUCUCUCCUCUUGUCAUCCACUGGGGCUAAGGUUUUACAUACAUAGACUGGAAAUAAAGGCUUUGUAACUCAACCACUUCUUCAUUAGGCAAAACCCAAGUGUCUAUAUUUCCACAAAGGGUCCAGAUGAAUGGGCUUUGAGCAUGAGAAUAUGGGUUCCAUAAAUUAAUUCUUACAAGGAGUUACUGAAAUGCUGGUAUCGGUAUCGUAUCAUUUCAAAAGCAAUGUAGUCUGUGAGCUGCAGAGAUGGUUAAGAGGUCUGGACUGGAGAGGACUGGAGUUCAUCUCUCAGCACCUACAUUUUGGUUCACAACCACCUAUAACUGCAGUCCCAGGGGACCAGACGCCCUCUUCUGGUCUCUUGUAGCCACUGCACUCAUGUGGUGCACAUUAAUGCACUCAGACAAAACAUACAUACACAUGAAAUAUAAAAUUUUUUUAAAAAACUUUAAAAAAAAGGAAAUACAAAUUAGUACAAUUUAAAAAAAGAAAACACACAUAGUUUAGAAGCUGGGCAUGGUGGCGCAUGCCUGUAAUCCCAGCAUUUGGGGGGCAGAGGCAGGCCAGCCUGCUCUACAAAGUGACUCCAGGACAGCCAAGGUUACACAGAGAAACCCUGUCUCGAAAAACAAAAGCAAACAAAAAACACACAGUUUUUAUUUUUGUGAAAGAAUUCUGUAGCUAAGAAGUACCGUUUCUAACUCUUCCUUUAAGAAGUGACACUGGCCAUCCUUUCUAACAUUGAAGGUGAGGUCAGCCCUAUCCGCAACUCAACACAAAUCCUUCCCAUGUGUUCUAUGAUGUCCUUCGCGGCAGCUGUGUUUCUUAGUGCACUUGACUAUCGAAUUAAGGGCUAUGAAUCCGACGCUUUGAUUCAUACCACUGCCUUAGAUUCAACCAUCUUUUCUUAGAGCCUGGUGUGGUGGCACACGCCAUUGAUCCUAGCACUUGAGAGGCGGAUCACUGAGUUCUGUCUCAGUGAUUCAUCUUUUUGGAGUUUCUAUUGCCCAGUAAAUACGCUAGAGAGCUAGUUGUUGCCUAUGAUCAGCCACCCUCUUCUGGACUCUCAUUUGCACAACACCCCGUUCACAGACAUACACACACACACAAAUACCAUUUUUUUAAGAGUCAAGCUGUGAGGGUCAUAGCUGGAUUGCCUUGUAGCUGACCACGUGCUUACACUGAGGCAGUGGCGUCAAACAGCUCAGCUCCGGUGCCUCUUGCCAUACAGAGGAUUCAUUUGUCUGGGCUUGGCACAAUGUUAAAAAUAGUCCUCUUUGUAGGCUUCAUACAUGAAGACGUCCAGUCUGGGACAUCACAAAAACAAAUACUCUUCCUUAGCUGAGAUCUCUAUUUUUCUAAAGCUGAACCAUUUUCAGACUACAGACUGGAAUGCUCCUCCCAGGAUCAUUUUGAAGUUUCCGACUGCCUUACUUGUUUAUACAGCCCUUUAAAUGACUCCGAUGUCUACUUUCUGGUAUGGGGUUGUAGCUCAGCAAUAAGAGUGCUUGCCUAACAUGCUCAAGACCCCAGGAUCCACCUCCACACCGUAAAGCGAGGAACCUCUACUCACAAUUUGCUCCUCCAACAAAACUGGCAGUGUCUUGGGUCAAAUUUACCUAAAGCGAAUCCACCCCACUCUCAAUUAUCUUUGGUAAUUAGAGGCAGAAUGCUAGCAACUGGAAUUGCAGAACGCUCCCAAGGUCUAACUUGCAGGCAGAAUUCAAGGAGCGCUUCCCAGAUGUUAACAGGUAAUUAAAUGAACACUUUCUUUCUGCCUGGUCUCCAUUGUCUCCUGCCCUAAGGACUAGUGGAAAGGUUGCUCUGUGAAACUACCCAGACAACACCAGUACUAAGCAAGCUGGCUCACAGAAAGGAGCCCCGAAGGCCCCACCAAUGCACGUACUUGCUAUUACCUCCAAUGACUUGAGCAUUGCCUGGAAAGUAGAUAGAUAAUAAUUUGCAUGUCAGGCUCCAUUUGGCUUAGCACGUUUGGGUUUUGUUCUGUUUUGUUUUGUUUUGUUUUGUUUUGAGACAAGGUCUCACUAUGUAGACCAGGCUGGUCUUGAAAUUAUACAGAGCCCUGCCUUUCUCUGCCUGCCUCUGCCUCCACCCCUGGCCAAAGACUUGUUUAUUACCAUCAUAUCUGUAGCACAACUUGAUGUUUUAAUAAAGGUAAUAUCAGCCAGAAAUGGUGGUGCAUACUUUUAAUCCCAGCACUUGGGAGUUAGAGGCAGGCAGAUCUCUGGGAGUUCGAGGCCAGCCUGCUCCACGUAGUGAAUUCUAGAUCAGUUAAAGCAACAUAGAAUCUGUCUCAAAAAUAAAUAAAUUGUAAGGAUAACCUUUAAAGCUGAAGCAGUGAUAACUGUUUUCAUUUAAAAAAAGAUGCAUACAAUUAGGAACCAUUAAACAACAUGCUAUGUAUUUUGAAAACUUCAUUACUUUGUUACUUUCAUCGUCUGCAACCUCAGUUAACAGGAGGCGGUGUUAAGUGUGUCCAAUGGUGCUACAGCCCAUGAUAGGGGAUGCUUGUAUUGCUGGCUGCGCAUCAGAAACGCGACCUUUCCACCCAUUGGCCCAGCUGGAACUGCGUCCGGGUUAGACUGCUCGUGCUUCUUGCUGUGGACUUAGUAGCCCUGAGGGUGCAGUGGCUUCUCCUGAAUCAGAGGUCCCUGCAGGACUGAAGCAAGACCUGCUGGCAAAGAACGGCUCCUAUUCAUACCUGCCGUGUCCUGAAGAAGCUCUCAAGGCUUACUUGUGUAGUCAUACCAUAUGCUUUAUAGUUUAUUGUUUGCGUAAUUGUGCUUUUUUUAUUUACCUGCAACUAAGUAAAUGUUGUUGUCUUAGGUGGUCAA